GCGGCCAGAGUCGGCUUCAGAGGAGCACCCUUCUGACGGAGUGCUGAUCCAGGUUCACCAGCAGCAAGGAAGGAGGCAUACUGGUUGCCAUGGCGUCAGCCAAUGAAAGUGGAGAGCACGGCGAUCAGACAGUACCUGAUAGGGAGGAGGAGGAGGAGAGGAGCGUCAGAGGAGUCCAGUCUCAUUACCUCCGCUGUCCCUCUCCAAAUUUCUCGAUGACCUCAGAGUCCAGGUUUUCCAUGAUCUCUGGGUCUGACGCUGAGAGCAUCUUCAUGGAGCCCAUCCACCUGUCGUCAGCCAUCGCUGCCAAAAAGAUCAUCAACGAGGAGCUGCCAUUUCGGGGUGUGCGCACCGAGUCCAUCCCAGAGUCCAUGUUGGAAACCGCUGAGCAGCUGAUGGUGGAGGAUCUCUACAACCGUGUCAGGGAUAUGGUCGAUGACCGCAGCCCCUACAACACCCCCUGUGUCCUUGACAUCCAGAGGGCUAUGGUACAGGACCGCCUGGAGGCUCCCAGCAACCCCGUGGAUGAAGUGUGGCCCAAUAUCUUCAUUGCGGAGAAGUCUGUUGCAGUGAACAAGGCCCGUCUGAAGCGAAUGGGCAUCACACACAUCCUGAACACAGCACAUGGCACAGGGGUCUACACCAACGAGUCUUUCUACGCUAGCAUGAACAUCAAGUACAUGGGCAUCGAGGUGGACGACUUCCCUGAUGCUGACAUCUCGCCGCACUUUAGAGCCACCGCCGAAUUCUUGGACGACGCUCUGCUGACACACAAAGGAAAGGUUCUCGUUGUUUCCAUGAUGGGCAUCAGUCGCUCUGCUAUCCUGGUGGCGUCCUACCUGAUGAUCUUCCACAACAUGACCAUCAUGGAGGCUCUGACAUCAAUAAGGAAAAAGCGUGCCAUCAACCCCAACGAAGGCUUCUUGAAGCAGCUGCGAGAGCUCAACGAGACCCUCAUGGAGGAGCGAGAUGAUGACGAUGAAACCCUCAGCCAGUGUUCUGUGAUUGACGCUCGAGCCCGCGCUCGCAUCUUCGGAGAAGAUGGGGACGAUGACGAGGAUACAGACACAGAGGAAGAGCAGAGUAUGAUUGAGGUGAAAGCUAACUCGAUUAUGCUGGAGGAGGAGGAGGAUGGAGAAAGUGUGAUGAGCAGCGUUGCGUCCUCUGCAGCUGCGGCAGCCCUCAAAAAUGGACUGAUUGGAGCACAGAAUGGGUUCAACAACCAGAUAUCCAAUGGUGUCCAAGAGAAGAUCGCUCUACCGGAAAAGGAGGGGAAGGAAGAUGGGAAUGAUGAUGCUGGUCUGGACAGCAUGAUCCGUGAGUGGCAGCGGAGAAAUGAAAAAUACCAGAGUGAUGAGUGGUGGGAGGCGCAGUUGAACAGCGAUGGAGAGGAUGAGGAAUCUCUUCCAGGGGGUUGUCUGAAGAAGAAAGAAGAUGGAGACACUGAUGUGGACAGCGUCACCAGCGAGGACAUACGAGCUGUGAAAGACCGGCUGAAGCGUCGCAACAGACGCCCACCCUCUGACACGAUGUCCACCUCCAGCUGUAUGAGUUACUCUGAUCUUUGGAAGCAACGGCUUAAGGAGAUAGAAGAACAAGCAGCUGCUCGGUACCACAAGAAAGAAGAUGAUGAAGGCAGCGAGAGCACUGCCACUGAAGACGAAGGAGUAAAGAAGAAGAUUGAUGAUGAAGUAGACAGUAUCCUCUCUGACACCAGCUCCAUGUACAACUUUUGUCAGAAGAAUAAGGAGAAGAUGUCACCGUUGGAACGUUGGCGAGUCAAGAGAAUCCAGUUUGGGUGGAACAAGAAAGAUCGUGAGGACGGAGAGAAAAGUUCUGUCGGUGACGGUAAGGAAGAACCCAAGACGCCAUCUCUCCAAGAGGUGAACCUGACGGCGUAUCAGGCGUGGAAGCUGAGGCAGCAGAAACGUCUCGGGGAGGAGAACACAGAUGAGAUUUUGGAGCUGAGCCGAGGUGAGGACUUAGCAACGAUCAGAAGGAGGCAACGGCGUGAAGAGCUUCUGGAGCGUUCAAAGAAAACUUUAGAAGAAAGCCAGUCCGUAUGUGGCUGGGAAACAGAGAGUUGCAUUAGCGGUGGUACGAUACCCUUGUCUGCCUUCUGGGCUGGAGCUGGUGUCACAGGCCCGCCAAGUGCUGCCAAUGAUGACAACAUGUCCAUGCUCAGUGGUAGAUCCUCUGUCAUAUCUUCAGUUUCUCAGGCUCGCAGCACAAGAUCCUCACAGUCUGCAGUCCCAGUGAAUCCUGUGCCACCAGUUCCUCCGAUCCUCCCAGUGCCAACUGUGCAGGGUCCCGGAGGUGAACCAAUGGUCAAUCUGGCCAGCAUCCAAAACUGGAUCGCCAACGUUGUUUCGGAAACGAUCAAACAGAAGCACAGUGAAAUGAGCCUUCCUCCUCCAUCACGUGCCGGGUCUGAAUUGAGCUUUGUUGCUCCAUCAAAUGUGAUUUCAGGCCGCGGCGUCGAUGAUGACAAAGCAUCCUUGCUGAGCGGUGCUUCUUACUCCAGUUCUCUGUUACAAGGUCGAGGCAGGGCGGCGUCGGUACUCUCCAGUGGCGGGUCGAGCAGCAUCUCAGGUCUCAGUGGUAGAGGCUCAGCCUUGGGCUCCAACCUUGGCUCCACCCUGGGCUCGAAGAAAAACAAGAUCACCACUACCAGCGUUCCUCUCUUUAGCCUCUUCCAGGACCAGGUUGACCUGGGCAAACUGGACAACAUGGACAAGGAGAUCAAAUCUGAGAUGAGGGACAAGAUGUCUACCUAUGAAAAGAAGAAGAUCCUGGAAGACAACAAACGCAGUACUCUGUUUAAGAAAAAGAAACCAAAGGAGGAUGAAGACGAAGAAGAUGAAAGAAAGAAGAAAGAGGAGGAAUUUCUUGAAGAGACAAAGAAAAAGGAGAAACCAAAGAGGAGUUACGGACUAUCGGGAUGCCUUAAUCUAAACCCAGCACUGGAGAAAGAUACAAACACCAGCAUUGAUGACUGGCUGAAAAGCGUCAGGCCUCCUCCAAGAAAACCAGCCUCAGGAGCAGAAGCUGGUCCAUCAGAGGACCCGUAUGAUGAUCUUGAUGCCUCAGCUUCCGAAUUUGACUUCUCAAGCCGCAGGGCAUCCUAUGCUGCUGAUGAAGAUGAGGACAAUGAAAGAUAUGGUGUCACCUCCAGAUAUCGGGCCAGGUUACAUGAAGAUCUAUCAACUGAAGACGCUGAUUAUUCCUGCAACGGCUUCACACAAUCCCACAACUACAGUCGAGCGGGGAGGUCGUACGGCACCUAUGAAGAGAGUGACGAAGGAGCCGAAAGCUACGGUGACUUCUCCACCAAGAGAAAGUUUGCUCAUCAUUCACGAUAUGAAAGCAGUGAGACAGAAGGGAGGAGGACUAGGCGAGAGGAAGCCGCUGAAGAAGAGGAUGAUGAUAUCGCUGCCUUCAUCGCCCAAACCAGGCAGAGGAUCAGAGCUCGAGCUUUCGUGGAGGCCGAAGACGACGAGGUGCUCACUGCUUGGAGAGCACAGCAGGAAGCGAAGCGGGAGAAGCGAAUCUUGGAAAAUUCUUCUGAUGCAGAGGGAUUUUAGAAAAUGAGAAACACAGCAAGUGCCAAUUCUGUGCUGCUGCUAGUUCAAAUGUAGCUCAUUUUGGUCAGAAAUGUGAAAACUGAUGCUGUACAAAUUGUAAUAACUAUAAUACAUACAAAAAACAAACACUAGCAUUCACAUCCACAGAGGAAAUAUGCACCUUGACCUCAUCAUGCAUCAACAUUUGACAAGAAUUAAUGAUUGUA